CCCCGUGUUGUUUGGCAGAUUUGAAACCAUAGAGUUAAGAACGCCUCUUGACUCUAUGCUUGAAACCAAGAGAAUACUCUGGCUAGGGCCCGUUUCCAAGCAUAUUCCUGGCUCGGUCGCAGUAUAUUUAGAGCACUCCUGUGACGAAGAAUGAGAUGAAACAAAACUCUACGCUCAAAUUUCAAGGAAAAUAAGAUAAAGCCAUGGAUGAUGUAAGAAUUGAGCCCAAAACUAACCAUGGAAUUAAAGGCAUUCUCAAAGCUGUAUUUACAGCCCCGGAAUUGCCAUUUUUCAUGUAUGUGUUUGGUAUGAUGCUACAUAUGCCACUUCUGCAGCAAUAUGCUUACAUGAGGUUCAGUCAGGAAGAGAACUUUCCAUACCACUAUUCUGCAGCACACAGCACCUGUGGGAAUCAUCAACUAAACAAAACAAUGAAGGCUUUGCAAGAAAAGGUGCAAGCAAAAAGUGCUGGCUUCCAGAUAGGCCAAAGUUUGUGCAAUACUAUUCCAUCCUUGGUUGUUUGCCUAUACCUUGGAGUUUGGUCUGACAAAGUUGGCAGAAAGCCAGUGGUUAUUCUGGGAACACUUGGUAGCCUUUUAGAAGCACUGGUUGUUCUUUCGACAAUGAUAUUUGAUCUUCCGAUUCUAGUUGUCUAUAUUGGGUCUUUUUUAAAUGGCAUGGGAGGCUAUUUCACCGGCCUCAUCGUUGCAGUAAUGGCCUACAUUGCAGAUACAACACAACCCGAGAAGAGAGCUCUACGACUAGGUGUUAUGGAAGCUGUAGUGUUUAUAGGAGCAACUGCCAGUAGUUUCAUCGGUGGACAUUUUAUCAGCAAAUAUGGCUUCAAAACCCCGUACAUUCUUGUUGUUGUAUGCCAAGGUGUUUCCUGUCUUUUUGCAAUUUUUGCACUUUCAGAAUCAAACAAAAACAAAACAGUAACAACAGCCGGCUGUUUCACUAUGGCUUUUUUGAAGUACCCUUUUCAAGUAUGGCAAACUCUUUCAAAGCCAAGACCUGGAAAAUGGAAGAUCGUUGUUCUUAUUCCUGCCACACUUUUCGUUAACAUGCUUUCAAUUGGCAUCAGCUCUUUGAUAACGCUGUACCUUAUGAAUGCACCGUUUUGCCUAAGCCCAAUAGAAGUUGGAUAUUUCAUCGGGACGCGUUUUUUUCUCAUGGGUAUUGGUGCAGCUCUUGGCAUCAAAUCUCUUGGCCUUUUAAUGCAGCCUCACAUUGUUUCAUUGAUUGGGAUUAUGUCAUACUUUGCAUUUUAUACCUUGCUGGCAUUCGCACAACACAAGCAAACAAUCUACAUAGCUUGUGUUGCUGGGGUACUUUCCGGAACAGCUAGUCCGAUUUUUCGCAGUAUAUUGUCGAGGGCGGUCAACCAAACUGAGCAAGGCGCUCUGUUUUCAGUCGUCUCUUCUCUAGAGAUGUUGGCCGUUUUUCUUGGUAACUUUCUUUUCAACGCUGUUUAUACUGUCGUCAAUGGCAGUGGGCAUCCUGAAUCAAUUUUCUUUGUGGUUGUUGGUCUUUUGCUGUUACCGUUUCUCUUGAAUUUAAUAUAUAUAAAAAGAAGAAAAAGUGACGAAGGCCAAGAUGAUCUUGAAAAGAUUUGGAAUGUGCAAGAGGUUGCAGGCGAUUAUGGUUCCGGUGCCUCAAGUCCUCCGCAGUCUCCUAAAGACGCUUGACCUCAGGUCAAUGCUGGUUCCUUUUAUAUUCAAAAUACAAUGCUGUAUUGCUGGCUUCCUCCACAAUUCAAAACUUUCUCUUCCCUAAUGGACCGAUUUUCUUUCAAAUCAUUAUAAUAUUUCGCGGACCUUCGGCAUCGAAAAAGAGGACAUAUACUUCACCAGGGUUUCAGCGUCUUGUAGCCAAUCAUUUGUUUCAUUCUAUUAAAUGAUACAGUUUCCCGCAGUGAGACAGGUUCUCAAAAUACGAAAGUCCGAACGCAUCACAUACAGCAACUCUGUAUACAUCGAAAGAGGGAAUGAGGAGAUUAAAAAACGUUAAAUAGUCCACCCAAUUAAGCGAUAUACAUAGAGCAUAUGUCAUCCAAUCCCCUAAAAGUAAGGCAGAUAAAUUUACGAGUUUCUUGCUCAAGCUUCAAAACUAAACGAAAUUUUUUCUUAAAAGUGUUAGUAUUUUAAAAUUUUUAUUGAAUUUUCUGUAUUUGAUUUUACCUAAAGUUGUCUCAGAGGCAUAGAAGCAAGGGCUGGGGGAAUGCUGGGGGAGUGCAGGGGGAGUGUAGCCCCCUAAAGCUCAAAUUUAUCAGGCACUUUUGGAAGAUUUUGCUUCUUUAUCGAACUUUGUAGCUUUUUUCUUGCUUCGAUUUCGAAAUUCUUCUCUACACAUGUGUGGGAAAUUUAUAUUUUUAGCUCCCUAGAAAUUUAAUCUACACUGCGCCCCUGCCAGGAGACAAGGAAUUCAGCGAAUAUGAUGUAUUAAUGUGUUGAAUGAAUACCUUAUGCACGUAUUCUUUUGUCUUAUUGUCUUUUUGAACCAAAACCUUCGCUACUGCACGGUCGGAUGGCCCCCUUUGACUAGAGAGGAGCAAAAAAUUUAGAAACUUUUUUAGGGCCCCUCUUCGCUCGGGGCUCGGGCAAUCUGCCCCCUCUGGGUGGGCCUUAUUGGUAGGCCUAGUGUCUGUAUUUGCCUUGAGCAUGAGCACCAUAGAAGCAUUUUAAAAGUUUGGGGCACAUGGAUGCAUAAAAGGGCUUCUCCAAAAGCUGCAAAUAUGUACUUUAUCUCUGUUUCUGGAAGCUGAGGGCGCACGUGCCGCCCUUUGCCCUAGUUCCUACACCUAUGCGUACCCCCUAAUUGGCGCCUCACCGCGUAGUGUUGUAACAGUGUUUCCAACGGCGACUAUGUAAACUUAUGAUUAUAAGUUUAUUAUUAGGAUUAAUUCACUGUCACGAAAAGUUAUUUAUAUAUUAACUUUUAAAGAAUAGAGCCAAAAAGGAUCCUUCAAUGCUCUGCUUCGUCUACCUAAACCCCCUCCCCCCUCUACUCGUUUAGUCUUCAUGCUAUGAGAGCUCCACCUUUAAGAAUUUCCUCGCAUAAAAAUUCCUCUUACUAUUAAAUGUUGUUAAAUUUUGUUGUUAAAUUUCGUUAUUGUAACUUUGAGUAAUAUAGUUAGUUAUAGUGUAGUAAAUUUGGUGUCAUUUGUAUAUAGUGGAUUUGAAAACAAAAGAAGCUAAAUUGAGCUGAGGUUGA